CCGUGGAGCCAGCACUAUGAGCGCUCGUACAGUUUUCCCAAGAAAAUAAUACGGGGCCUUGUGUGCCGAUCAAAAAAAGUCCCCCAAAAUUCGCACGUAUGUGCACACAACCGUGACAAUUAAUCGACAAACAAGUGAGUGAUUCGUUGGAGUGAUUUGAUAAAAGUGAAAUUCAGUGAAAUACAGUGAAAUCAUUUGGUUACACACGUGCCCAAAAUUUUGUUCCACACGUCUGGAUUUUCCUACCAAUAAUUUGGUGGCUUAUCAGUUUGUCGUUGGAAGGAUAACACCGUUUACCUGGCUGCCAUCGAAGCCUGGGAGAUCAUCCUGAAAACGAGCUGUUCGUCUUAGGUUAAGAUGUCACACCACAGCGACGAUAAUAUGCUAAUAGCAACCUCGGACUCCUUCUGGGAGCCAGGUAACUACAAACGCACGACCAAGAGAAUCGAGGACGGUCACAAACUCUGCGACAGUCUCAUUGCUCUUGUUCAGGAAAGGGCGGAGAUCGAGAAGAAUUACGCGAAGGCAUUGAAGGGCUGGUCGAAGUCGUGGAAUGAAAAAAUUGAGAAGGGCCCGGAGUACGGUACCACUGAGGCCGCAUGGAAGGGCUCCCUCGUUGAGUCCGACAGACUGUGCGAUCUCCACCUCAGAGUCAAAGAGAAUCUCUGCGAUGAUAUUAUACAACAAGUCAAAACAUGGCAGAAGGACACCUAUCACAAGUCAAUGAUGACUCUGAAGGAACGAAAGGAAAUGGAGGAUGCAUUUAAAAAAGCGCAGAAACCCUGGGCAAAACUCCUCCAGAAAGUGGAAAAGACAAAGGCUGAGUAUCACAACAGUUGUAAAACAGAACGCACCGCUGCCAAUAUGGAGAGAAACGCCUCAGCGGACAGUUCGCUCUCACCUGAUCAGCAGCCGCCACGAGCUACUGGCUCUGAUAACGUCAAGAAGAUGCAGGACCGAGUGCAGAAGACUAAGGAGGAGGUGCAGAAGGCGAAGGAGAAAUACGAGGCAUCACUCCAAGAAAUAAAUCAAUACAAUCCAAAGUACAUGGAGGAAAUGACGCAGGUGUUUGAGAAAUGCCAGGAGAUGGAGGCACAACGACUGCAAUUUUUCAAGGAAGUGCUAUUUGGCAUCCACAAGUGCCUCAACAUAUCACAGGAUCCAGUUCUUCCACAGAUUUAUGAGGAAUUUUAUCACACGAUCAAUAAUGCUGAUUUCAAGAAGGACCUCAAGUGGUGGUCCAAUAAUCACGGGGUCAAUAUGGCCAUGAACUGGCCGCAAUUCGAGGAUUAUACUGAGGAAUUCCGUGAAAUCACCAAAGGAUCUAAAUCAAAAGAGGCACUACCAGCUGGCUCCAUUACCCUCAUCAAUCAGCGUCCAGUUGGAGAAGACCUGCAUGAUUUCCCACCGGUUAACAAUAAAGCUAAAGCUAAGCCACCGAGUGCCAGAGUAAUACCUGAGAACAAUGGUGAGGGUAAAACGGAUACGUUAGGAUCGAGAAAACAAAGCUCAGAGAAAAAUAAUCAUGAUGGCAACACCAUCAACAGAUCUUCCACAAUUACAAACGGAACGAAUGCGAAGCAGGAGUCGAACCCCUUUGACGAGGAAGAGUGGGACGAGGACGGAGGCGAGCCCCUGGUGGACACAGGCGAGCCUGGGGUGCCAGUCAGAGCUCUGUACGAUUAUGAAGGCGCAGAAGCUGAUGAAUUGACUUUCAAACAGGGUGAAGUUUUCGAAAAAUUGGAGGACGAAGACGAGCAGGGCUGGUGCAAAGGGAGAAAAGAUGGAAGAGUAGGGCUUUACCCAGCAAACUACGUCGACGUUGUAUCCCAGUAAUGAAUAUGUUUAAAAAACUUGCAGAAAACGCCAAAUGCCAAGUGAUUAUUUUAAUCCAUCGAACCAAGUGCAUGAAUAAGUGUCCACAUGCUUAAUCAAUCCUCAAAGGACGUACGACAUAACUUCGGUUUAUCCAAUCCAAUGAGCAAAAUAAUUUCACUAGCGACUAGACUCCCCAUUACAAUUGGCAGCCCCUGGAGAGAGAGAGAGCUCCGAAUUUUCCUCAAUUCGUUACUCGGAGAGAAUAGAAUGAUGAGUAAGAGAGAAAAAAAAAUAGAUGAAAAAUAUACAUUUCAGUCUGCUCUACCGGGAGGACAUGCUGAUCGUUCUUCAAAAACUUCGUUUUUUUUUUUAAAUAAAAUUGAGAGGAAUAAGGUAUGAAAAAACUUCCCUGUUCGAUUGAAUGAAUUUGAAUCGUCUGUUUAGAAUGCUAGCGGUAGUGUAUGCAAAUAAUAAUGAGGAUAAAGAUAUAUAUGAGAAUACCAUCGCAAGUAUUAGGGAGUGCGAUGCAAAAAAAAAUGCGUAUGCCAAUUGAUAGAUUUUUUUUCCUCUUCGAAUAAAAAAAAAUAUGUACAGUCCUGCACUUUUCCUGUUUAUUUAGAAACUAACGCUGAAACUGAGUCUUACUUUCUGUAUUUUUUUCCCUUCUUGUUUCGGCACCAGUACGAAUAUAUUAAAAAUUCUAUUUAAUUUA